ACUCUGCCCUUACCCAAGAUGGCCGCGGACCCGCGCGGGGGCCGCCGGGACGGUGGGGGUGUGUCCCGGCGGCGUGAGGCGGUGUCUCCGCCCCGGGCUAUAUGAGGCGGCGGCGGGGAGGGUGGUGAGCGGUUGGCCGUGCUUGGGCGACAUGGCUUUGCUCCGGGAGGACACGCAGAACAAGCUGAGGUCUGUAUCUGUAGACCUGAAUGUUGAUCCUUCUCUCCAAAUUGAUAUACCUGAUGCCCUAAGUGAAAAGGAUAGAGUUAAGUUCACUGUGCAUACUAAGACUACACUGCCUGCUUUUCAAAGCCCUGAGUUUUCAGUUACAAGGCAGCAUGAAGACUUUGUGUGGCUGCAUGAUACACUCACUGAAACUGAAGAGUAUGCAGGACUCAUUAUACCUCCAGCACCUUCAAAGCCUGACUUUGAUGGUCCCAGAGAGAAGAUGCAGAAGCUAGGGGAAGGAGAAGUGUCUAUGACAAAAGAAGAGUUUGCCAAAAUGAAGCAAGAGCUGGAAGCUGAAUAUCUGGCUGUCUUCAAGAAGACUGUAUCAUCACAUGAAAUCUUCCUUCAGCGGAUUUCUUCUCAUCCUGUGCUCAGCAAAGAUCGCAAUUUUCAUGUUUUUCUGGAGUAUGACCAGGAUCUGAGUGUUCGGAGGAAAAACACAAAAGAAAUGUUUGGUGGCUUUUUGAAAAGUGUGGUAAAGAGUGCUGAUGAAGUCCUUUUCUCUGGUGUCAAGGAAGUAGAAGACUUUUUUGAGCAAGAGAAGACUUUUCUUGUGAACUACUACAACAGAAUCAAGGAUGCAUGUGCAAAAGCAGAUAAGAUGACACGAUCUCAUAAAAAUGUUGCAGAUGACUAUAUUUAUACUUCAGCUUGCUUGAACAGUCUGGCUUUAGAGGAACCUACAGUUAUCAAAAAGUACUUGUUGAAAGUUGCUGAGCUCUUUGAGAAACUCAGGAAAGUAGAGAGUAGAGUUUCAUCUGAUGAAGACUUAAAGCUCUCUGAACUGUUGAGGUACUACAUGCUCAAUAUAGAAGCUGCUAAGGAUCUUCUGUACAGGCGUACAAGGGCUCUUGUUGACUAUGAAAACUCAAACAAAGCUUUAGAUAAAGCCAGACUAAAGAGCAAGGAUGUCAGGCUGGCUGAGGCAUAUCAACAGGAUUGUUGUCAGAAGUUUGAAAAGAUUUCAGAAUCUGCAAAACAAGAACUGAUGAGCUUCAAACAGAAGAGAAUAGCAGCAUUCCGCAAAAACCUAAUUGAAAUGGCAGAACUGGAAAUAAAACACGCGAAGAACAAUGUCUCUCUCCUGCAAAGCUGUAUUGACUUAUUCAAGAACUAAGGAGCCUUAUUCUGAAAAUGUGAAAAAAGCAUCAAUUGCACUCAAUGGCCAGGGGCAACUUAUUGGCUUGACUUUGUUAGCGUAAAAUAAAUAUUGUCACAGAGAUUGUUUGACUAGUACUUAAAUAUGUUGAUAGUGAUACAUUGACUUUCUUAGUAUAAAUGAGAGCCAAAUUGUGUAUGAAUUGUCUGGAUGUAGCUGACAUCCUGCUGGCUGAUAACUCAAAAUGAGUAAAGUAUAAGAAAUCAAUUUGCUGUUGACUGACUUCACCUAGCAGAAGAUGUUUUCUGAGAAGAACUCCUUUUCUUGCAGGAUCAUAAAUCUGUCUCUUCAUAGCCCUGAUAUAUUUAAAACUUGCAAGUGGCAGUGACUUAUAUAAGUGUAGUAAUUUUAUAAAGUAAAUAUCCUAACAUUCCACUUCCCAGACAGAUUUCUACUACAAUAUAUUUUGCAUUUCUAUAACUACAUUCAGUAUUUGUACACUUCAGCAAUACAGCAAAUAAAGAUCUCUGAUAGAACAA